AUGCGGCGGCUGCUAACGCGUAUCCGUCAAGGCAUACAAGACUGGCCCGACGUGGACCUCCUGAACACUAGGUGCUAUCGGGAGGGCAAGCGGAUCCCGUGGGAGUCGAGUAUCACGGUGGUGACGCCGUUGAAUAGGAACCGUUGGAACCUGAACGUAGAGGCAAUCCUGUCCUUCCAGAGACAAAGGCAAGGCCUGCUCCGGAUUUUUAUCUCGGACCACAAGUGGAAAGACGGCCAGCUGACCGAAGAGGAGGCCUUGAUGAUACUGAGCCAGGGGGACGAUAAUGCCCUCCCCGUGCCCACCAUCUUCAUGUUCGUCUCUGGCAUGCCGAUCGUUGUGAACCAGAACAUACACCAGGGCUUGAAGCUAGUUAACGGCACCAGUUACACCGCCCUUGACGUUAUUCUCGACAAAGCACACCUAGGCUACCGCGUUAAUGCCGACACCAUCCUUUACUUUAGCCCGCUGGCAGGUAUUUUACUGGCGUCUGACAUAACAUAA